UUGAAAAUAAUUUAUUCAUAGUUGGUUGUUUUUGUGUCAAUGUCAAUUUGUCAAUAAACAAUAAAUAGUGUUAUUCAGUGUUGUCUUCUAAUGUUCUAAUCUGAUAGAUUAAACUAUUUCAAUGCAUCAAAAGCAUUGUUUUCAAUAUUGUUUGCAUAGUGUUGUAAUAUAUAUUUACAAAUAAACGUCAAAAAUAUUGACAACAGCAUGUUUACUGAAGAUUUUUAUAGAUAUUCAGUUUUACCUACUCAUAAUGUUACCUAUGCCAGGGUAAGAUGGUAUCAACACAAAAAGCUGUCUCUUCUAGUAGUUAUACUCAUCUCACCUGUUGUUCUAUUUUUUAUUUUGUAUGGAAUACUCUUUGGAUUUCACAGAAAUAUAAUUUAUCCAAAAACUGCUACUAAAGUAUUUCCAGAGAAUUUUUAUAGAGCAAAUAUUUACACUAGGAGUGCUUUAACUAACAAAAGUCUGGAAAACAUCCCUCAAUUUAGGGAUCAUAGGAAAUUGCCUAUUAAAAAAUUCAAACUAGUCUGCUAUUAUGCAUUGCCCACUACUGAAGAAGAAGUACUCAAAAUCGAAGAUCUGGACCCACAUCUCUGUACCCACAUCAAUGCUGCAUUUGGUAAAGUUAUUAAUAAGACACUACAUCUGACAGAACCAUUCAAAAGUUCCUUAAAUAAGUUGGUGAAACUGAAAGAGAUUAAUAAAGACCUGAAGGUGCUUCUAAGUGUAGGAGGUAUGAGCCAAGACGGUGGAUUUCCAGAGAUGGUCUUAAAUCACAGUAACAGAAAGAUUUUUAUAAAAUCAGUCAACAAUGCAAUAAAAACUCAUAAAUUGGACGGUAUAGAUUUGGAUUGGGAAUUUCCGAAUUUGGACACACCCGAUAAAUUUCAAAGAAUGCAUUUUACUCAACUAUUGGAAGAAUUUCGGAAAAGCAUUACCAAGCAAUCAACUCCUUAUCUUUUGACAGUGGCUGUAGCUGCGCCUAUGACUUUGAUUAGUCAAUGUUAUGAUGUUUCAUAUAUGAAUGAUUAUGUGGAUUUUAUAAACGUCAUGUCAUAUGAUUACCAUUUCUAUUCAAAAUGGACUCCGUUCACCGGCUUCAACAGCCCAUUGUACGCCUCUGACGACGAAGUAUUUUUAUUUGGCACGAUGAACGUCAAUUACUCAGCGAAUUAUUGGAAUCAAUUGGGAAUGGACCGUGCCAAAAUCAUCGUGGGACUUCCGACAUACGGACAUACGUUUAAGUUAGCAAACGUCAAAAACAACGGACUCUAUGCCCCAGCCUUGGGAUACGGAAGACUCGGUAGCCUAGGAUUCGUCGACUACUUCGACGUCUGCAAAUUCCUAUCAACCAACCAGAUCUCCCCCGUCUUCGACAUGGAAGUAAAGAGUCCGUAUGCCUCCAAGUUCUACGAAUGGGUUUCCUUCGAGAACACUCAAAGUCUGACGUACAAGGCUGAAUACAUCAGAGAUCAGCAAUUCGGAGGUGCCAUGGUAUGGAGUCUGAAUUCGGACGAUUACAAGAUGAGUUGCCAGAUGGAGGGUAGGGAAGACGGUAAGUUUCCGCUGAUUAAGAGUAUUAAAAGUGCGUUGUUUAGUCCGAGAUAGUAAACUUUUUAGUUAGGUUAAAUUUUUGUAAGGUUGUAGAAAUUGUACGAAUGCUGAUACAUAUUUUUCUUACUCUAUUCAUCUCGCCGAAAAAUCAUUAAUAGAGUAGAGGAAUAUGAAAAUGUUUUAAAAUAAACUUACGUGCAUAGAAAUCGGCCCACUUAAAAAUUUGGUCAUUUUUGAUGUCUAAUAUUUCCUAAACCUGUUGGCCGAUUUAAGUGAUUUUUUGAACAUGUUAUAGCCUGAUUCUUUAACAAUACCACUGUAAUAAUAUUGUUGCUAAACAUGUAAAUUUUCAUUGUAUACUGGGUGUACCAAUCAAACUGUGUUUUUUUCUCAAAGUUCGCAUCACCCUGUGGAAUAUUCUAGCAAUUAUAAAAUAGUGAAAUUAAAACCCAACUAUAGCCUCAGGUUUUCUUAACAUUCUGUUUUUUGAUUCACUCGUUUAUGUCUGAUAAUAAAAAAGUUAAGUACUUUCACAACUAGACAUGUUCUUCAUCAAUACACGGUGUUUAUUCUAAAUAAUUGCGACAAACUUUAAGGGGUAAUUCUGCAUAAAAAAAUAAUGAACGUUUGCAUCAUAAACGUGUGUCCGCAAAUGUUUCGUUUACGAGAUACGGGAUGUUGAAUUUUUUCUUACAAACUGACGAUUUAUUUAUUGCUUUAAAACCAGUUGAGAUAUGCAAAUGAAAUUUGGUGGGUUUUAAGACGUAGUUAUUGCACAUUUUUUGACAUACAAUUAAGAAUUUAAUAUUCACCAUUAGCGCGCAUACGUGUAAUAUGACCGAUCAUAUUACCCGUAUGCACGCUAACGGUGAGUAUAAAAAUCUUAAUUUUAUGUCAAAAAAUCCGCAAUAACUAUCUCUUAAACCUCACCAAAUUUCAUUCGCAUAUCGCAACUGGUUUUACAGUAAUAAAUAAAUCGUCAGUUUGUAAGAAACAUUUCAAAAUCCCGUAUCUCGGAAACGAAACAUUUGCGGACAUACGUUUAUAAAGCCAACUGUAAUUAUUUUUUCACGCAGAAUUACCCCUUAAAGUUUGUCCUACUUAUUUAGAAACACCGUGUAUUGAUGAAGUACAUGUCUAGCUGUUAAAGUACCUAACUUUUUUAUUAUCCAACAUAAACGAAUGAAUAAAAAAAACAAAAUGUUUAGAAAACCUGAGGCUAUAGUUGUUUUAAUUUCAGUAUUUUAUAAAUGCUAGAAUAUUGCACAGGGUGAUGCGAACUUUGAGAAAAAAACACAGCUUGAUUGGUACACCCGGUAUACAAUGAAAAUUUACCUGUUUAGCAACAAUAUUUUUACAGUGGUAUUGUUAAAGAAUCAAGCUAUAACAUGUUCAAAAAAUCACUUAAAUCGGCCAACAGGUUUAGGAAAUAUUAGACAUCAAAAAUGACCAAAUUUUUAAGUGGGCCAAUUUCUAUGCACGUAAGUUUAUAUGGGGAAAUUCAAAAUAUAGCAAAUUCCUAAUUAGGUUUUGUUUAAACAAGUAUUAAUUGAAUUUUUUCUUUAAAUUCAAACUUUUUUUAUUUUUGGAUGUUCCGUUUCCAUUUUGGGGUUUUUAAAGUUCAUUAUUAUUGACAACUUAAAAUAUAGUACCGACAGGAAUAUGUAACUGUUGGGUUGUUGCAUCAGUUAAUUUGAAGAGAUAAGCUCCUUAAAAUGAUCAGUUUUAGAGGUGGUUGGUAAUAAUUUUCUUCAUGAGGGUGCUUCAUGAAAGUGCGUGGUUUUAGACAGUGAGCACGUAAAGAUAGGAAUAAAUCCAUUUUUUCGUGAAUAAGCGAUUUUGGAAUUAAAUUCCGAAAUAGGCCGAUUUUUAUUUUAAAAUUAUGAUUUUUUUCCUUAUAUAUUUUCUUCUUUGUGUGUCAAUUAAUUUAUUUAAAAAAAAUUUUUUUGGACACCUUGCUCCAUCACGCCUAGGUGGAUGACGUUACUAGUAUGAUAUUUAUGCCAAAAAAAUCGUAAUUUAAAAAUAAAAAUUGACCUGUUUCGGGAUUUAUUUCCAAAAUCGCCUAUUCAUGAAAAAAUGAAUUUAUUUCAACCUUUACGUGUCCUAGCGUACAUAUUAAUAUGCUUGUGAAUGUGAUAAACGUUCGUCUUUGUUACCGACGAUUAUUUUUUAAUUAAACUAUAACGAUCUGACAGUUCUAUGGCUUAGUUUGGCAACAUAUUUUGAUCACGUGGGACGUAAUUACUUAAAAAAAGAUGAAAGUUGAGGUGACAAUCCUCCUUUUAUUAUAAUACUGUUCCAUAGCCUACUUGUAAUGUUUUUCGGCAUUUUAUAUACUUUAAUUAAGCUGUGAUUAGAGUUUAGUUGCUACCGUACAAUUUCUGUGACUUGCAGUAUAUAAAAACUAGUGUAUAAAAAGAAAAAUUAAAUAUUAACAUGUUUAUAGAGAAGUAACAAUAUUGCUGUUAAAAUUGUUUGGUUGGCUACCUUAAAUUUGAGAAUGACAAAUGGUAAGGACAGAAGUGUCAAUUACUUCCUUGACAGAAGUGGGUUAAUGUACCAUUGGAUAAAUUUACUUUAACAAUUUGCGUUUGUAUUAUAAUAUCGUAUAUAUUAUAAUAUCGUUAUAAUAUCAGAUUAGACAAGCGGAUUGAGGUUCGAGCCCCAGCCCGGUGAAUAGAAAAAUAAAAAGUUUCUCAGUUAGAGUUGAGUUGACUAUUCCUAGUUCGAAUCAACUCCAACUAAAACGAUCAGUAAGAGUUGAUUUGAAGAAUUUAAUUCAACUUUUACUAGUUGAAGUAGACUCUUCCUAACCUUUGUUAGUAAAAGUAGACCGCGGGAAAAAUAGAGUCAUCUCUUACUAGUUUGAGUUGAUUAUUCCUAGAUCGAUUCAGUAAAUGUAGAUUAUACGAGAAUAAUCUCACGUGCUUUUUUUGAUGAGUGUGCGUCUCUUUGUUUUUACCGUUUCAACUACUUAUCACAAUUUGAACAUAUUAAGUUCGCAUUGCAACUGAAUAAAAAUAGUGUAAACAUUUUUAUUUUAUAUCCAGUAACAUUUAAUUUCUAGAAUCCUCCAUGUUAUAUUUAAAAUCGACUUUUACUAAAACCAGCCGUUUGAGUUAACGAACUAGGAAUAGUCAACUCCAACUGGAUAAUCAACUUGAACUGUAACAUACAUAUGAAUCGAUUAUUGUUGGAAGGGGGUAACCAUUUUCUACUUUGUGAGUUACAGUCGAAAACCCUUCUCCCUUUCGUUAUCCGCGUCGUUUGGUGUUAAAAGGAAGCAAGCACUGAUGCACUGCAUAGAUAUAGUUUAUACUGCGAAACUGCAUUUAACACCAAAUGACGUGCAUAUAGAAUGAGAGAAGGGCUUUUCACUAUAACUCGAAAAGUUAAAAAUAUUGCUACCCCCUUUCAACGAUAAACGAUUCAUAUACAUACAUAAUAUGACUUAUUAUCGUUAUUCCUUAAAAUGCAAUUAGAAGACAUUCUCUAAUAAAAAGAAGAAUCCAACUAUUUGUCUCGAAAAAAACAACAAUUAUGGUAUAACAACGUUAUUGUCACUGUCCGCUUCUCCUGAUUUUUUUAGUUUUAAUAUUUUCCAAUGUAAUGUUUCUGUUAUAGUCGGUUCACAGUUCUCAGUCUCAGCUAUCUGCAAGAAUGUUUUUUCUAUGUUGGUUAAAUUAUUCUUAUUUUUUUAAAUGAAAGACGUAUGUAACAGUAAGUUUAUUUAAGCUAUUGAUAUUGAGAUGUAGGAAUUUUCGUGUUGUAUGUUUCUGAUAAAAUCCAUUCGCCUAGCUUGGGAAUAUUUUGACAGAUUCAUAUACAAUACAAAAAUUCCAACCUUUCAAUUUUAAUAGCUCAAAUAACCUUACUGUUGCAGACUCCUUUCAUUGAAAAAGGAAGAAUAAUUAUGAAUAAUGGGAGUGUAUAUUCAUUUAAAACUUUCCAUUUGUAAAUACUAAUCUACAAACGACUAUAAAAAUUCAAAAAUAAAGAAACUGCAUGUGAAUAUUUUUUGUUUAAAUAUUUACUAUGAGCUUGUAUACUUGGUUGUAUAGUAUAACUGAACAGAUUUAACUGAAACCCUCAAGGUCAUUUGCACUGCAUCAACGAACGUCUAUCGAGUCUUUUUCUCGCGGUUGCAGAUAAAUUGGUUUUACUGUAAUUCCUAGUCACUAGUGAUGUUGAAAAAGUAACUAUUCGUUACAAAGUACUCGUUACUUACGAAUACCGAAAGUAACGAUUACUAUACAGAGAGGUAAAUCGUUGCUUUGAUUACUUUGAUUACUCUGAUUACUUCGUACCAAUCGUAUCAGAGCGAGUACCUAUUUUGAUCUUGAGUAUUGUAUCUACUCGGUUGAUAUCAGAGUCGGACCGGUAUUCCACGAGUGUUCGGUAUCAAUACAGUUAACUAAAAUUUUAUCUAUGAAUGGCGAAGGCUAUGAAGAGUUUUACAGGAUUACAGGGCGCUGAGAAAGAAGUAGCUGAAACAGAGGGAGGUAUAUCAUUUAACAAAGCAUGCAGCCAGAAACAGAUGUCUAUACGAUUUGUCGAGGUAGAUAAUUCACAGAAUUUCACAGAUGUUAGUUCUUUUGAAAAUAAAAAUGCAACACAUUAGAUUUUAAUAAUAAAUACACACUAUUCUUAUCAGGCCUAGAAAAUAAUAGCUUAGAUUGACCGCAAAAUAUGUAAAAAUGAUAAUAUUUCUAGACUAUGAUCAUCAACUUUCAUUUUACAUGUAGGUAUGACAUUGUUUUUAUUAGACCAGGGCAUUUAACACUAAAAACACAGGAAUAAAUAUAUGUAUAAAUAUAGUAGGUACAUAGAGACUUGCAACUUUUUGCAUUGUAUAUAGGAUUAGGAUGACGUCUGGAAAAAAGUCUACAAUACAAAAAUAGGUGGAAAUGCAUUAUUACAUUUUAAAGUAUAUAAAACGCAUCGAAAAAUACAUAAACAUGUUAAAAUCAGUAUAUUAAGGGCCAGAUUUUCUUAUUUCGGGGUAUUUGGGGUCACUAAACACAAAUUUGCAAUCAAAACCAACCUCCGAAGCACCUGGGUGCCCAGGGUUACUGUUAAGGUACGUCAUCUAGAGUUUCUAGGGUUUGUUUUUGCCACUUAAUUGAUGCAAACAGAUUACUUGUAAUUGUAAAAUACAUCAUUUAAUUUCUAUCCAUUAAAUAGAUCGGUGAAGGUCGUUAUAUCGGAUCUUAUACUUUACGAAAUACUGAGAAAUGCGAUUCUCGAUAUGAUUACCGGUACUCAAAUACAAGAGUAAUCAUAGUAAUCAAAGUAUCCUACUAAUAAUAUUUAUAAUACAAAAUAUGUACUAAGAAAUGCGAUUCUCGAUAUGAUUACCGGUACUCAAAUACAAAAGUAACAAAAUAAUCAAAGUAACGAAUCCAGACACUGCCAGUCGGUAAAAAUUUUGAACAAAGGAACAAAAAAUAAUUACCAAAAUUACUAGACAGUUGGGACUGGGAUCAGCGAACCUAGUAUAGCAGGUUCGCUGUAGUCAUAAUAGCUAUGACUCCUUAACUGUCAUAAAUGCGACUUAUACCCCUAUGAUUUUCAGCAGGUUUUAACACCAUUGUCAUUUAUUUUUGGUGUGUGAGGCGUUAUGUGGAGUUUUUCUUCACGAACAACCAAUCGACUUAAGGUACUAGUACACUUUAGAAGACCAAAAAUAAUCAUUUUUUUCAAGAAUCUUUUUCUCAGAACCUUUAUUAAAAAUGAACUUAAAACUUUUUACGUAUUAAUAUCUAACUUUUAGAGAGUACAAAAAAUAUAUCUUUUUUCAUUUAUGCACGUACACUAAUAUUGUAGAGGGCGCAAAAGUCGAGGCCUCGAAAAAUGAUGGUGGACAGUUAAUCUCAGGAUUGGGAUAUAUGAAACAAAAAAAAUCGUACUGCAUUUGAAAAAUAAAGGUUUCUUACGUGACAAUUCACCGCAAUUUGACCAAAAAAUAAAAAAUAAAUAUUUUUUAACCAUGAAAAACUGACGAAAAACGUGCGAUUUUUUCACAAAUUUUUUUCAAAUUUCCCUAAAAUCUUUUUUUUGUGUAAUUUUUCACUAACGGUGGUAAAUUGUCACGUAAGAAACCUUCCUUUUUCAAAUGCCAUACGAUUUUUUUGUUUCAGAGAUUAACUGUCCGCCAUCGGAACUACUUUGUUUCGAGGCUUCGACUUUGGCGCCCUCUACAAUAUUAGUGUACGUAUAUAAAUGAAAAAAGAUAUAUUUUUUGUAUUCUCUAAGAGUUAAAUAUUAAUACGCAAAAAGUUUUAUGUUCAUUUUUAAUAAAGAUUCUGAGAAAAAAAAUCUUGAAAAAAUGCUUAUUUUUGGUCUUCUAAAGUGUACUAGUACCUUAAGAAAUUUGAUACUUUUGAAUUAACUAACGCAAUAUUUAAUUUUUUUUUACAUUAAUGUGAUGCGGUUGGUGAUUUAGUUUAGAUGUUAGCAUAAGCAAACGUGAUACUUAUAAUUUAACCAACAAAGGAAAUAAAAUUGAGAUGGUAUGAUGCAA